AUGCGCAAGUCAACAGCAGGCAGCGGCGUUGCCAACGGCACGUUCCGCCCGCCCACAACGAGUGGUGAGGAUAAGCCGGCGGCGCGCAAGCCCAGCGUGCAUCCACUGCUGCCCGCCACCUCGGCUUCCGCCGUACCGCGCUUCAUGACCGGCUGGCGUGCCCUCAGCAGCGGCAGCUGUAAGGCGCCCGGAUCAGGGGAUUCCAGAAACACCAAUGACAGCGCUGCGGAUCUGCCUGGUCCAACUGUGGCCCUCGUCACCUCCACUGGCGUACGACGCGAGGUGAUGUACCCCACCGUGACCCCGCACAGUGCUGGCAGUACGGCAAACAAUGACCUCCUGGCGCACCGACUGGCACGGCGCAGCCAGAUAGACUACCACCAGCCGGAGUCCGCCUCCAAGGCGGUGGUCGCGCGGACCCUUCAAGCUGCUGCAGCAGCGCAGGGAAAGACAGGCGAUGAGGCCGAGGACUGCGAAGACCAGGGAAGCGGCGCCGCAAAACUGAUCAGGGUGGAGGCAGGCGCUGGCGGUGUGAAGUCAGUCCCCAGUGCACCUGAGGCUGCCGAUGGUAACGCAGCAUCAGCAGCCAAGGGGAGUCAUGAGGCCGCUGCGGCGGCUGCGAAUGACGACGCUAUCCCAACAGACAAGGUUGUGAGCUGCUACCCCGCCAGCCCCUAUGGCAAGCUGUACUUCCAGGUCGAGACGGACGGUGCGACGCGGCAUGAGUCUGUCGGCAUUGUCAUCAUUGAUACGGAGUUGCUGGGUGUCAUGAUGUACGACCGUGUGGGGCGGCAGUACGGCAACCGGCCCGACCCUGGUUACCCGAUCAAGCAGGAGGAAGUCGACAACGCCAAGGCCGGCAGCACCUUGAAGGUGGGCACAAAGCACGUGCUGCUCAUAACGGCUCUCACAGAAGAAGCGUUCCGUAGUGGCGAGUUCUUCUUGCGCUCCGAGCACGACCUCCGCGUGAGGGAGGACAAGGCCAAGGCCAAGGCCGACGCCGCGGCCGCCGAGGAGGCGAAGGCGCGGAAGCCCGAGAUGAGCUUUGGCAUCUCGCUCGGCAACAACAGUGCCUUUGCCUCCAUCCUCUUCCGCCGUCGCCCCAAGGAUGGAGAAACAGGCUUCGUCGUCCCUGUGGCCGGCCGACCAAAGAUGGGUAAGAACGGCAUCAUCAUGAACGAGCUGCGCCCGCUGCACGACCCGGACCGCGAGAAGGCGGUGGUGCUGUUCCGCGCCGACUACAAGCGUGACCUGCAUGGCCGUCGACAAGUCUCCGUCGUAGUAGACCCGAUAAUUGGCGACAAGCUGCGGCCACACCAAAUCAUCGGUGUGAAGUUCCUCUUCGACUGCAUCACGGGUGAGCGCAUGCUCGGCUACCACGGCGCCAUUCUGGCCGAUGAGAUGGGCCUGGGGAAAACGAUACAGACGGUGGCCACCAUCUACACAUGCUUGAAGCAAGGCAAGCACGGCCAGCCGACAGCCCGCAAGUGCCUCGUCGUGACACCGUCCUCGCUGGUGAAGAACUGGUGCAAUGAGUUUGACAAGUGGUUGGGCGAGGGGGCCGUGAAACAUUUUGCCAUCUCCGAGUCGACCCCGAAGGGCGACCGCAUCAUCUCCCGCUUCGACGGCGACGGCGACGUCCUCGUCAUCUCGUACGACCAGCUGCGCAAAUACAUCGACCGUCUCUCGAGACUGCGCUUUGUCGAGCUGGUCGUCUGCGACGAGGGCCACCGCCUCAAGAACGCGGAGGUGAAGACGACCAAGGCAGUGGACAUGCUGCCGACGCGCAAUCGCAUCAUCCUCUCCGGCACCCCCAUCCAGAACGAUCUAUCCGAGUUUCACGCCAUGGUCAACUUUGUCAACCCCGGUAUCCUCGGCAAUCGAGACCUCUUCACACGCGUCUUCGAGGAGCCCGUCUCUCUCGGCCGUGAUCCGGACUGCCCAGACCAUCUCAAGUCGCUUGGCCGCGAUCGCGCGCAUUACCUCUCGAUGCUGACGCAGCGCUUUAUCCUCCGUCGCACGCAGUCCAUCAAUGAGUCGUACCUGCCGCCCAAGGUGGACGUCACAGUCUUUGUGCGGCUGGGAGCAAAGCAGGAGCAGGCCUACCAGAAGCUGGCCGAUAUUGUCGAGUCUGCGGAGUGCACACCGCUGGUGCUCAUUUCCGCCCUGCGGAAGCUUUGUAACCACAUGGAUCUCUUCCACGACGCGGUCCACCUGUCCCAUCAGGUUGGCAAUGGCAUCGGUGCAUCGGCGCAGCAACAGCAGGCUGGGCGCCGCCGCGGCCGCAGCAGCGCAGCAGAUGAGCCACAGGGCAUCCCCUUCUCUGUGCUGCCCAAGGGGUUCAAGCCGGGUAGCUUGAGUAUGGACUACGGCAGUAAGAUGCACUUUGUCUCCCUCGUGCUCGAUGAGCUUCGAGAAAACGGCGAACACGACAAGCUCGUGAUCGUGUCGAACUUCACACAAACGCUCGACAUCAUUGCGGCGCUGUGCAACUCGAAGAGGAUCGCGUACUUCCAGCUUGAUGGCAGCACGCCCAUCAAGAAACGUCAGCAGCUGGUGGACUACUUCAACGUACCCGACUCACAGGAAGUUGUAUUUCUGCUUUCCUCGAAGGCCGGCGGCGUCGGGCUGAACCUGAUCGGCGCCAACCGGCUGAUUCUCUUCGACCCCGACUGGAAUCCCGCAAACGAUGCGCAGGCUAUGGGCCGCGUCUGGCGCGAUGGCCAGAAGAAGCGGGUCUUCAUCUACCGCUUGCUCAGCACCGGCACUAUCGAGGAAAAAAUCUACCAGCGGCAGGUGAGCAAGCAAGGCUUGUCGGCGAACGUGGUAGACAUGCAGGAAGACUCAAAACAGCACUUCACACUGGAGGAGCUUAAGUCCCUCUUCAAGUACAAAGUCGACACGCUAUGCGACACCCACGAUCUGCUCGGUUGCACAUCCUGCGAGGCAGCCGAGCCCUUGGCCACGAGCGACCGCGGGAGCCGCAGCAAGCAGGCGGAGGAGCUCAAGAUGCAGUUCCGCAAGGUGGGACAGCCGAAGAAAAAGAGCGGUCCACGCAUGGACGAGUUAAAGGCGUGGCGCCAUAUCAGCUCCGUGGCCUCUUUCAACCUUGACAGCGUCACCCGCGCCGUGGCAAGGCACGCGCCGUCACUGCUGUCCUUCCUCUUCGCUGACGAGCGUGACAACACCAAGAUGCCCAGACCCGUGGUGUCGACCCGCGUGAAGGUCGACAGACCCGCCUUCGAAGACGACGAGGAGACGAUCACGUGCGCCAGCCAGGCCGCCAUACAGCAGCAGGAGAGCGAAAUGGAGAUUGAGGUGAUCGACGACGACGAUGAGGAAGAGGGCGAGUUUGACUCUUCCGAGGAGGAGAGUGACUAG